GGUUACGAGACAAAGUAGAGAAAGAAAAGGAAGCAACUUGCUGCUGCUGCUGCGAUUACCUCCGCCACCGUCUCUUUAACCACCAUAAAAAAACUACCUCCACCUUCAUCACCAUCUCUUUAACAAACAUAACCCAUUUUUUCAUCCAAAACAAACAGAACUCAUUCCAUCAAAUCAACACCAACACCUCCACCGUAGCCAGAACCACCGCCGGACCUCUCCCCCUCUCUCUAGGCAAUAAGCUGCUGUCACGCAAGGAGAUCGCUCGCACCUUCGUCGACGACGUCAACUUGUGUUUAAGAUCUCAUCUAUACUACCCUGUUCACCAUGUUCCAAUUAGAUGUUUGGCUGAAAACAAUGCUAGUUGGCAAUUAGACAAAAGGGAGAUGGAUGAAUUCGAGGAAGCUUUUAAUGCUCAACAAAAUGCUCUUCCACCUAGUGAGCGGGCUCCUGAGGAGGUUAGAGAUACAAUAAUGCUGGAUCAAUUUGUCGAGGUUGCUGGCGGGAUGCAAAGAAAUCAUCUUAGGGGGCAAGGCAAUGCAUCUUCAUUGGUCAUAAGGACCCCGAUGGGAUAUAGACUUGAUCCUAGCUCCACUUUUAGCUCGAGUAGUUCUUUCGCUCGAUCUAAUGCAGCUGUUGAUUUUGAAGAGAUGGAACGUCGACUCAAAGCUGACAAUGAUGCUCGGGUUCAAGCCGAGGUUGCAUCUCAGCUCCAAUCUCAUAUGGACACAAUGAGGUCGCGGCUCCGAGCUGAAGCAAGGGAUGACAUUGAAUUAAUUGUCCAAAGGAGAUUUACACAACACCAACCACAACAACAAAACUCCCAAAACAUGCCAGCUCGCCACUCAGCAUAUGUCAGCUCGAAUCCUUAUCAGCAACACGCACGAUACGUGCCGCAGCCACAGAUGCCAGCUCGCCAUUCAUCGCCAUUAGUUUUAUAUUUUUAUGUCUUUAUCAAAAAACAAAAUUAUAUUUUAUGUGGUAUGAUAUUUAUUUAAAUAUGUAAUAUUUUUAAU